CUUCACGCGGCUGUUUGGGGAGUGAGUGGUUUCCAUAUUCGCAGCGCGAGGCGGACGGAACAACAAUAUGGAGCCGGAGAUGGAGGACAAGACGCUGGAGUUAAUGUGCUCUUUGCCUCGCUCUCUCUGGCUGGGUUGUUCCUCGGUAGCAGAGAGCCUGUGCGCUCUCAGGUGCCUGCAGAGCCUCCCCACCUCCCGGGCCCACAACCAGAACUUGACAGUAAUGGAGUCACAGAAUCUGACUGAUGACCUCUCGCCAAAGAAGACCACUGUGUUUAAGCUUAGUAAUGGUUCUCUGUCGAGGAAACGUCCGUCUCGGGUGAGCUUUGAGAAGGAGAAGGAGAUGUGUAUCCAGAUGUUCGAGCAGUGGUCAGAAGCUGACCAGGUGGAAUUUGUGGAGCACCUAAUCUCACGCAUGUGCCACUACCAGCACGGCCACAUCAACUCUUACCUCAAACCCAUGCUGCAGAGAGACUUCAUCACUGCACUGCCAGCCCAGGGCCUGGACCACAUAGCAGAGAACAUCCUGUCGUUCCUGGAUGCUCGUUCUCUGUGCUCGGCAGAGCUUGUCUGUCGGGAGUGGCAGAGGGUGAUUUCAGAGGGAAUGCUUUGGAAGAAGCUUAUAGAGAGGAUGGUCCGCACUGAUCCACUGUGGAAAGGCCUGUCUGAAAGACAUCAGUGGGAGAAGUACUUGUUUAAAAACCGCACAAACGAAGUCCCACCUAACUCGUAUUAUCACUCCCUCUAUCCCAAAAUCAUACAGGACAUUGAGACAAUUGAGGCAAACUGGCGCUGUGGCAGACACAACUUGCAGAGAAUCCAGUGCAGAUCAGAGAACAGCAAGGGGGUCUACUGCCUCCAGUACGACGAUGAUAAGAUCAUCAGUGGUCUCCGGGACAACUCCAUAAAGAUCUGGGAUAAGCACAGUUUGGAAUGUUUAAAGAUUCUGACGGGUCACACCGGUUCAGUUCUAUGUCUGCAGUAUGAUGACCGAGUCAUAGUGACCGGCUCCUCAGACUCCACUGUCAGGGUGUGGGAUGCGAGUUCUGGUGAGGUUCUGAAUACUCUGAUCCACCAUAAUGAGGCAGUACUGCACCUGCGUUUCUGUAAUGGACUGAUGGUGACGUGUUCUAAGGACCGCUCCAUCGCCGUGUGGGACAUGGCGUCUGCGACUGAUAUCAGCCUCCGCCGCGUUCUCGUUGGGCACCGGGCCGCUGUGAAUGUUGUCGACUUUGAUGACAAGUAUAUCGUCUCAGCAUCAGGAGACAGAACUAUAAAAGUGUGGAGCACCAGUACAUGUGAGUUUGUGCGGACACUAAACGGUCAUAAGCGAGGUAUCGCCUGCCUCCAGUACAGAGACAGACUGGUGGUCAGUGGAUCCUCAGACAACACUAUACGGUUGUGGGAUAUCGAGUGUGGUGCAUGUCUGCGUGUGUUGGAGGGACAUGAGGAGCUUGUUCGCUGCAUUCGUUUUGACAACAAAAGGAUUGUCAGUGGAGCAUACGAUGGGAAGAUUAAAGUGUGGGACCUGCAGGCCGCUUUGGACCCUCGAGCUCCUGCCAGCACUCUGUGCCUGCGCACACUAGUGGAGCAUUCUGGGCGUGUGUUCCGUCUGCAGUUUGAUGAGUUCCAGAUCAUCAGCAGUUCCCAUGAUGACACCAUCCUUAUAUGGGACUUCCUGAAUGUCUCUGCUAACGGGCAGUCAGAGGGACGAUCGCCCUCUCGCACCUACACGUAUAUCUCCAGAUAGCAGGUGCCUCUAAUGUGUGCCAGUGUGUCCUGGGAAAGCUGAGAGCUGAUUGGCUGUUGGCUGUGUCUGUCACAGAAAGGUGUCCAGGGAAGCACCUCCUCCUUUUCAUCUCUCAAAACUUCUCCAGAUGAUAACCUUCUCCAGUAACACUCCACAAGUUUAGCCUCAAAACACACACAUACACACACACAAACACACACGCGCACACACACACACGUACACACUCAAAUGAGCCAAAAUAGACAGUGACUCUAUCUCUCUUUCUUUCGCUAUCUCUCUCUCUCUCUCUCUCUCUCUCUCUCUCACACAAACAGACAAAAGUAGCACAGUUUCGCUCUAUAGUAUUGCAUUAAUUCUGUAUUCACACUCAGAAUGAAGUUUAUAAGCUUGAAUCAGUAUCUAUUGCCACAGUAUUGCUCAGAAACUCUUAGAAUGUAAGAUUAGGAAGAAACUUAAUCUCAAACUCUUCACUAACCACAAUUUAUGUACACACAAAAUACUCUGCCGAAAGACGCUUUACUCUCCCGCCUCCAUUCCGGAAGUGCUGGAUGCACGUGCUGAUAAACGAGGGUUGAAUUUACUGCAGCGUUAGAGAAAGAGACUCUUGACAGAUCUGCAGAGGAGGACGAGGUGAACGGUCUAAAUGGACAAGCCUGGAGGAGGGAAGAUGCACAAGGGUGCCCCCUGUCCCUCACUCUCUCCCUCUGAUACCCGGGCUUCUCUUCAGGACCAGGGAAACUUUCUCUCUAGUAUUUAGGCUAUGGAGAACGACAGCUCUGAACUGGCAGAACUGAGUUUGAUAUCUCUGUGUCGUCUCUCCUUGUCCUGUUCUCGUCUCAUGGGUGAGACCAGCGUUGUGCAUGUGAGACAGUUUGGAGUCCUGAUCUCCUCUAAAGCAGCUUCUCCUGUUUCUCUGGAUGAUCUCUUCAUCCUUUUUCUUUCAUAAUUUUUUUAUUAUUAUUUUUUAUUAUUUAAUUGAACUUGUCAUUUUCAUUAUUGUAUGCUUGCGUUAGGCCAGUGGUCCUUAGCCCUGGUCCUGGGAGUCCACUGUUCUGCACAUUUUGUGUGUUUCCUGCUUCGAUGCGCCAGUUGUGACCUGUUAAUGAUUUAGGUCAGGUGUUCUGAGGGCAGGGAAAGCACUGGUGUGUAUUGGGCCUUUAGGACCUGGGUUGGGGACAACUGCAUUAGACAUUGUAGGACCCCCCUCCCCUUAAUCACAUCUCUCUCUAUUUCUCUCUCCUCUCUUAUCUCACAUAUCUCUGGAAAAAUUAAGAGACCACUUCAGUUUCUGAAUCAGUUUUUUUUUUUCAUUUUGCUAUUUAUAGGUAUAUGUUUGAGUAAAAUUACCAUUGUUGUUUAAUUGUAUGAACUAUGGACACCAUUUCUCCCAAAUUCCAAAUAUAAAUAUUGUCAUUUUACAGCAUUUAUUGGCCGAAAUGUCUGAAAUAACAAAAAAGAUGCAGAGCUUUCAGACCUCAAAUAAAGCAAAGAAAACAAGUUCAUAUUCAUAAAGUUUUAAGAGUUCAGAAAUCAAUAUUUGGUGGAAUAAUCCUGGUUUUUAAUCACAGUUUUCAUGCAUCUUUGCUUGUUCUUCUCCACCAAUCUUAUACACUGCUUUUGGAUAACUUUAUGCCACUCCUGGUGCAAAGAUCCAAGCAGUUCUGCUUGGUUUAAUGGUUUGUGACCAUCCAUCUUCCUCUAUUAUAUUCCAGAGGUUUUUAAUUUGGUAAAAUCAAAUAAAAACAUCAUCAUUAAGUGGUCUCUUACUUUUUUUCCCCAGAGCUGUAUUUUUCUCUCACAUCUCUCUUUGUUUCUCUUGCUCACUCUCUCUUUUCUUUUAAUCCUUUACCCUUUUUUCUCUUUUUUUCUUUCUCGCUUUCACUCACUCAUUCUGUGCUGUUCACUCAGUUUUUACUUUUUUUUUCCCCACUCACAAUCUCUUUUUACUAUUUCACUUGCUCUCAUUCACUCUUCUGUUUGUUUGUUCCCUUUUUCAAAUUCAUUUACUCUUCCACUUGCUCUUAUUUUUUUUUUUUUUUUUGCUCAAGGUCUCUCUAUUUUUUAUUGGCAUUUCUGUUCAUUUUCUUACGCUCCACUCACUUUCGCUCAGUUUGUCUCACUUUAAGUCCCACUUUUUCUUUCACUCUUUCACUUAGUUUCUUUUUUCAUUUCUCUCUCUUUCUCUCUUUUUUUCUCUUUCUCUCACUUUCUGAUCAGUCUCUGGUUCUCUCUGCCUGCUUGUUGUAUGAGGGCUGAUUGUAGUUGUAAACAGAACUGUCUUGUCACAAAUUGUAUGUAUGUGUUGUAUAUUUUUUUUAAAAAGAAAAAAUACAUUUAUUGUGAAUAAAGUAUGGCGAUGUUUUGACAAUGUA